AACUGCAGACGCGCGCGACUUGAUUCAGGAAGUCGCUGAGCUGAAUCAAGACAGACUUCAUGAAAAAGUUGUUUAUUCUUAGGAAGCACGAGAGAAACACACACCGGCUACGUUUUUUCCCUUUUAAAAAACAACGUAAAUUUAAAUAAUAAUGUCGGUUGGUCAUGAAUCUACGAGUACGCUCGGGAGGGGAGACAAUUUGCAUCAGCAGGUUCUGGCCGCUUUCCCGCUGUGCGACUUGACAGAAGAAGAUCUGAUCCAGAACCCCCAGCUCUGCAAGCUGCUGGCCACCCUGUCCCAGCAUGUGGACCCCACCGGCCUCACUGUCCCUCUGAAAACACAGCUGGACAAGGCGGAGCAGAAGCUAAAAACCCAGAAACAGCGCUGGCUGCGUGCAGAGAGCCUCCACAGAUCUCUGCAGGAGAUGAUCCAGGACCACCACAUCAGGAGGCAGCGUGCCACCCUGCCCCCUGACCAGAACAUGCUGUAUGAGACGGUGGAGCAGUGUCUGCUGGUGGCUCAGAGUGUCAGGCAGCUGGAUCCCAGCGGCAGCACCAGCCAAGAGCAGCCCUCUGUACUGGGGCUGAGUCCCCAGCAGGUGAUGGAGCUCAUGCCUUCAGAGAAGAAUGUGCAAAGAAUGAAGCAGAGUCUACCAAGAGAGCUGGAGAAACAUCUCAAGAAAAAGUGUUUCAGCCUUCUGUCCUACUAUGAACCUCAGUGGGAGAACGAGAGUGAAGGUCUGAAGAACAUCAAGUUGUCUCACUUGUCUGGCCAGAUGGACAGCGAGAAGAAAAAAGCAGAGAGUCUGAAGGAGAUUUGCAGAGAAAACACAGUUCUUCUGCAAAGACAGACCCAGCUCUACCUCUCCGAGCUGACUAAAUGUAUUCAGCUCCUCCAGUCUCUCAUCCUGGACCACAGGCUGAAGAUCCAGACAGACUUGGACAGGAAGAAGUUGGAGUACUUCGAAGGCAAAUGUGAAUUAGUCUUGCAGAAGAUCAGGACUGAGAUGGCGGAGAUUCAGCUGGACACGUACACAGCCGACACAAUAUCUGCUCAUAGAAAAAUAAGGGAUAUGCUGGAGUCGGAGCUGAAGGCCUGUCAGCUGGAGAAGCAGUCUGUGGAGGUCAAACUGGCCUCCUUUGAGAUCUUGGGCAAGGAGUUUGAGGCCCUGGCAGAGGAGUACUGCAGACUACGGCGGGAGAUUGACAUGAAGAAAUGGGCGCUAAAGGAAUUCACCCAACACACUGACAAGUAAAAAUCAAACCUGAGAUCCCCGCUCACCAUCUCUUGAUGUAUUUUGGACAUUUGCUACUUCAAGAAUCUGCAGGAUUUUUGACAUUUGGUAACUUUAUAAUGUAGCUGGUUAGCCUGCUUGCUGAAAGUUUCCUUUGCUACGCAUAACUUGAUGAGCUUGUUAUUUAAUUCACUUCUCAAUAAAUAUGCUUUAUGA